UAAAAAAAUACGACCAAGAGAGAGAGGAACAAGCAACAGAAGUGUGUGUUUUCUGAACAAGUUUGAGGCUUUUGGUUUUUGGAUGCCAUUGUCGAUCUUGGGUUCUUUCUGUUUUCAUAUUAAGAUUGGCUUCUCAUACAUAGAUUGCAUUUAUGGGAUUUAGCUAAUUGAUACCGGAGGUGUCAUAAAUAUGGAUCUCGGAGAAGACAGCGGUCGGUUCGGGUCGCUACCGACAACGAUGUCUAGAACUAUGUCCUCAAUGUCGUCAGCAUUCUUUUCUGCGAAUCAAUCACCUUUUUUUACUCCGAGAUCAUCGACAUGUCAGUUGUCUGAGUCGACAAGGAUUGAUUUUCAAUGUGGUAGUACUAACUUAAAUGCCGAUCCUACAAAUUCGAAUUCUGGAAUUCCGGAUCCCGAAGGCCUUGCCAACAUUGGAUUUCCGGUUUCGGAUAUGUCAUUACCAGCGGCUGCUGAUGUUUCGAGUGAUUUCCUGCAUUCCGAUCACCUGUCAUCCAGUUAUGGCUAUGAGCAGGACUAUGGCUAUUCUGGCACUAUAGAGAAGCACAGAAAGCAGAUAAGAAGCCAAGAUAUGUUGUUUUCCCCUGUUCCGAGAUCGUUAUCAUCUCGCUGGCAGAGAAGUUACGAUGUUUAUAUUGGUAUGCAUGGUCGAAAGCCUUCCUUAUCGAGGUUUGCGAAUUGGCUCCAUGCUGAAUUGGAAGUACAAGGGAUGAGUUGCUUUGUAUCCGAUAGAGCAAGAUAUAGGAACUCCGGUAAGCAGAGACAUAUGGAGAGGGCAAUGGAUGUUUCUUCCUUUGGAGUUGUAAUUCUAACUAGGAAGUCGUUCAGGAAUCCGUAUACUAUCGAGGAGCUUAGAUUUUUUUCGAGCAAGAAAAACUUGGUCCCCAUAUAUUUUGAUCUGAAUCCGGGUGAUUGUCUUGUCCGGGAUAUCGUCGAGAAAAGGGGAGAACUAUGGGAAAAAAAGGGAGGCGAGUUAUGGGGUUCGUAUGGAGGAUUGGAGAAGGAAUGGAAGGAAGCCGUUCAUGGCCUUGUUCGAGCCAAUGAAUGGAAACUGGAAGCUCAAGAUGGUUAUUGGAGAGACUCUAUAUUACGAGCUGUGAUGCUGUUGGCAAUGCGGUUAGGAAGGCGAAGUGUCGUAGAUCGAUUGACAAAUUGGAGAGAAAAGGUAGACAAAGAGGAGUUCCCGUUUCCUCGAAACGAAAACUUCGUUGGCAGGAAGAAAGAACUGUCCGAGCUAGAAUUUUUACUAUUUGGCGAUAUUUCUGGAGAAUCCGAAAGAGAUUAUUUUGAGCUCAAGGCUAGAUCGAAGAGGAAGAAUUUGACAAUCGGGUGGAGUAAGGGCAGUUCAUUAGACGAAAGGCGCAGGGGUAGCCAGAAGGGUAAAGAACCGGUCACCUGGAAGGAGUCGGAAAAGGAGAUCGAGAUGCAAAGCACCAACAGGCAGCACUGUCAAAGACACAGAGGUGGACGGAAUGCACGAAGAAAGAGAUCAGCGAAAUUUGUAUACGGAAAGGGCAUUGCCUGUGUAACAGGGGACUCCGGAAUAGGGAAAACCGAGCUUCUUCUGGAGUUUGCCUAUAGAUAUCACCAGAGGUACAAGAUGGUUCUAUGGAUAGGUGGGGAAAGCUGCUACAUCAGGCAGAAUUAUCUAAACCUCUGGUCGUUUUUGGAUGUCGAUAUCGGGGUUGAAAACUGCAUAGACAAAAGGCGGUUGAAAAGCUUCGAAGAGCAAGAAGAGGCAGCCAUUUCUCGAGUCCGGAAAGUGCUAAUGAGAAACAUACCUUUUCUGGUGGUGAUUGAUAAUUUGGAGAGUGAAAAGGAUUGGUGGGAUCGGAAGCUUGUAAUGGAUCUUCUUCCUCGUUUCGGGGGAGAGACUCACAUUCUAAUAUCAACUCGCCUUCCCCGUGUGAUGAAUUUAGAACCUUUGAAACUCUCGUACUUGUCGGGAGUAGAGGCGAUGUCGUUAAUGCAGGGAAGUAUAAAAGAUUACCCCAUUGCAGAGAUUGAUGUACUUAGGGUCAUUGAAGAGAAAGUUGGAAGGCUAACUUUGGGCCUAGCGAUUGUAGGCGCAAUCUUAUCUGAGCUCCCUAUAAAUCCAAGCCGGCUACUGGAUACCAUCAACAGGAUGCCGUCAAUAGACUUUUCAUGGAGUGGUAGGGAGGCUCAUUCAUUGAGGAAAAACAUUUUCCUGCUGCAACUCUUCGAGGUAUGUUUUUCGAUAUUUGAUCAUGCGGACGGGCCGAGGAGCUUAGCAACGAGAAUGGCCCAGGUUUGUGGUUGGUUUGCCCCUGCUGCAGUUCCGGUUUCCCUGUUAGCCCUAGCUGCUCACAAGAUACCUGAGAAACAUAAAGGUGCCCGGUUUUGGCGAAAACUAUUCCAUUCCUUGACUUGCGGUUUUUCUUCGUAUUACUCCAAGCGGUUCGAGUCCGAGGCAUCAUCCAUGUUGUUAAGAUUUAAUAUUGCCAGAAGUAGUACGAAGGAAGGUUAUAUCCAUUUCAACGAACUCGUCAGGAUUUAUGCUCGGAAGAGAGGAGGUACCGGAGUUUCGCAUGCAGUGGUUCAAGCUGUAGCUGGUCGUGCGUCGUUAUCUCACCAUUCAGAACAUAUAUGGGCAGUAUGUUUCUUGUUAUUUGGAUUUGAUAAUGAUCCAACGGUUGUUGAGCUCAGGGUGUCUGAACUGUUAUAUGUUGUCAAAGAAGUGAUUUUGCCUCUUGCUAUCCAGACAUUCAUGGUAUUCUCCCGGUGCAGUGCCGCUCUGGAACUCCUUCGACUAUGCACCGAUGCUUUGGAGGCAGCAGACCAGGCAUUCGUUGCCCCAGUCGAGAAAUGGUUGGACAAAUCACUUUGUUGGCGGCCUAUACGAACGAAUGCACAAUUGAAUCCGAGUCUCUGGCAGGAGUUGGCAUUAUCAAGAGCAAACGUGCUAGAAACCAGGGCCAAGUUAAUGCUGAGAGGGGGACAAUUCGACAUUGGAGACGACCUAAUCCGGAAAGCCAUUUUCAUUCGAAACUCGAUCUGUGGCGAGGAUCAUCCGGAAACGGUAUCUGCACGUGAAACUCUGAGCAAACUCACCCGGCUUCAAGCAAAUGUUCAAACUCAUACUUCACCAUAGAGUUCUACAUUUCAUGUUAGCAAAAUUCACAGUAAGAAUAUAGAAAGUUUACUAAUAAAAUUCCUUUCCUGUAAACAAACAAAUCAUAGAAAUAUUUUACACAAUUUUAACUUUGAAUGAGAUGCCCCACAGUUUUGAAU